AUGGAAACAGCUCUCGCUCAAGAAGCGAUGGAAAAGGACGACGACGAGAGCCUAGGGGAAAGCUACGACGACGAAGACAGCGAUGGGUCAUUUUCGUCGUGGGAAGGCAGUGAUGAUGAAAGCUUGAUUGAAGAAAUGGGGGAGAGACUUGAAGAGUUCUCGCAUAUUGGUACCACACCUGCUUUGGCAGCCUUGAUAUUCAAUACUGACGAUUACAAGCUUGCGCUGCCAAAAAAGCGCUUUCCCAAAUCAUCGGAUUCGUCAGUCACCUCACUCCAAAACUCUAUUUUAUCAGAGAUUAUCUUCAGCAAAAGUGAUGAAGACAGCAUCAAAUCUUUUCAAAUGAGAAGAUCUAAUUCGGACCAAUUCGUUCAACAGGGGUCCUACACAGACCUUGAAUUCUCUUCCAAAAACGCAACCUUUGACAACAACAGCCAAAGUGAAACGAAUUCGAAAGAUCCCAAGCCGUUCUCGUUCUUGAAAGAAAUCUUGAAGGAAGAUGAAAUUCCGUAUCCAUCCAUCUCCGAAGAAGCUACAAAUGACUUGUUGCUGGAAAUGAAACAAGAAAACUUUGAGGCAUAUGGGAGAGAAAUCGCCGACGCGGCCCGAAAGGGUGAUAUUGAGGGAGUAAAAAAGCACGUUGAUUCUGGAAAGACCCUUCAAUGUUGCAACAAGUUCAAAGAGAGUAUACUCCAUCUUGUCUGUCGCCGAGGGCAUGAGGACAUUUUACAGUUCAUGCUGGAAGAGACAGAUGUGUCUGCUUGCAUUCAGGAUGAUCUUGGAAGAACUCCUCUUCAUGAAUUGGCCUGGACCAGCAUUCCAAACUUCUCAAUGGUUAAGAUGAUCCUUCAGAAGUCACCAGAUUUGCUAUACCUCAAGGAUAAUAGACAAUUUACUCCUCUGCAUUAUGUGGGAAAGAAUAAUGUGGAUGCAUGGUGCGAGUUCCUCGACGCCAACCGGGACCUUCUGCCUCCAAGAUCACUUUGA